AGUUUCGCCGAGAACAUCGACGCGCUGCAGGAGGCGAUCAACGUCAUGUUCCACGCGGUCUCCAACCUCGAGGCCGCGAUGGGUCAGCUGGGCUACGUGAUUGUCAACAUCGGGACAGCGGUGACGUCGAUCGCACGCGUGCUCAACGCCGGCCAGCAGAGCGGUCAGAACUGGCAGCACGGCGAUCCGUGGUACAUUGCGCCCCGGCCAUCGAGCGAGCAGAACGGCGACCAGACGGCGCAGACGACGACCGCGAUCUCAGCGCUCGCGACGGGGCCCGACCUGGGCACGAUUCCCGAG